GUUCAAUGGCAGACAUACACGUGUCUCUAGAAAUAUCAAUGCAAAAUAUUUCUUGUCUUCCUCACAGGAGCUUGUUUGUUAACCAUAACUCUGGUAAUUGAUUUCAGAGAGGCCAUGGCAAACGCUUCCCUGUAUGAAAUUAAGCUAUGAUCCAGGGGAGGGGGGGCCUAUCUCAAGAGCUAAUGUCCCUUUCUUCAAUCGUCUCUGUGCCAAAGCAGAUAGCUGCUAAUCAACAAUCACCAACUCUUAAUCCUUAAGUAAUCUUUUGAUUAAACUACACUACUCUUUACCCUUAGCUCCACAAAUCAAAUACCUCAACACCAAAGCCUGUAUCUGUCUCUGUUCCCACCAAGCUUUCACCCCAAACAUGAAGCUCUCGGCUUUGCAUCAGACCUACUUGAAUCGCCGGACCAUUAGCUUCAGAGGUUCUGCACCUUUGGAUUCUUCCUCCGACUCUGCCAUCAAGUCGCCGGCCGCCGUUUUCUGGCUUCUCUUUCAUGGUCUUUGUUGUUUAAUCAGCUUGAUUCUCGGUUACCGCUUUUCUCGCUUGGUGUUUUUCUUUCUCUUGUCAACUUCCACAACUACUACCAAUUUCUACACGGCGCCGUUUCGAAACGCGGCUAAUGACCUCGCGACUACUGUUUUGUCUUCGAAUCCGAUGGUUAGCAAUAAUGUUGAAGUUCCGAUUGUGAACAAAACGACGCCGAGUUCGAACUCCAGAGUGGUGGUGGGUCGGCAUGGGAUUCUGAUCCGGCCGUGGCCCCACCCUAACCCAACGGAGGUGAUGAAAGCGCAUAGAUUAAUCGAGAGAGUGCAGAAAGAGCAGAGAACUCAUUUUGGAGUGAAAAAUCCGAGAACAGUAAUUGCGGUGACUCCUACUUAUGUAAGGACAUUUCAAACGCUUCACUUGACUGGUGUGAUGCACUCGCUUAUGCUGGUGCCGUACGAUCUGGUGUGGAUCGUGGUGGAGGCAGGUGGAGUGACCAAUGAAACGGCGUCCUUGAUUGCCAAGUCUCAAUUGAGGACCAUUCAUGUUGGAAUUAAACAAAGAAUGCCCAAUUCGUGGGAGGAAAGACAUAAAUUGGAGGCCAAAAUGCGGCUCCGCGCUUUGAGAGUUGUGAGAGAAGAGAAGCUGGAUGGGAUUGUCAUGUUUGCAGAUGAUAGUAAUAUGCACAGUAUGGAGCUGUUCGAUGAAAUUCAAAGUGUGAAAUGGUUUGGUGCUGUUUCAGUUGGAAUUCUUGUUCAUUCAGAAGAUCCAGAUGAACCAUUAUUAGCCAUGAAGGAGAAAGAGGAUGGUACAGAGAGCUCACCAGUGCCUGUUCAAGGACCAGCUUGUAACUCGUCUAAUAAGUUGGUUGGUUGGCACACGUUUAAUUCCCUGCCAUACGCUGGGAAGACUGCAACUUACAUUGAUGAUAGGGCAACUGUACUUCCCAGGAAGCUGGAAUGGGCUGGGUUUGUGUUGAGUUCCAGGUUGCUUUGGAAGGAAACUGAAGAUAAGUCAGAGUGGGUGAAUGAUCUGGAUUUACUGGAUGGGGUUGAGGAUAUACAGAGUCCCCUAUCUUUACUGAAGGACCAUUCUAUGGUGGAGCCGCUUGGAAGCUGUGGGCACCAAGUUUUAAUUUGGUGGCUUCGUGUUGAGGCUCGUGCUGAUAGCAAGUUCCCUCCAGGAUGGAUAAUUGACCCGCCACUGGAGAUUACUGUCCCAUCAAAACACACGCCAUGGCCGGAUGCUCCUCCUGAACUUCCAUCCACUGAAAAGUUAGUGGCGACUGUCCAAGAGCAUACAGUGAAGCAUACUGCAAAAACUCGAACACCCAGAUCAAGACGCAGUUCUCGAAUUAAGAGAAAGGAUGAAGCAAAAGUGAUAGACUCACAGAUUUCUUCAGGGCAUUCUGAACAAAACUGAAAACUAGCCAAGGAUAUAAUUGCAAUAUAAAUAUGCAUUGUGGAUUUGGAAUUCUGCUAGCCUUCAGCACCGAGAAAUUUAAUUCCUGAGAGGGACAUGCAGAGGUUCAUUACCAAUUUGGGGGUACACAAGACUAGGUACAAUUUGCGGUCGGCCGGUGGACACGUGCUUUUGCAGUUUGAGAGUUUCUCGUAAGCAUCACAAUUUUUUUUUUUAAUUUUAUCUAUUUCCUUUUUGCUUUUUCUUUUUUAAAUUUUCGGGGUGAUUGGUACUUUUUUUUUUUCUCCAUGGAAGGGCUUGUCAGCGAAGACCUGCCACAUUUGUAACCUUGGUAUCUGGCAUGCUUCUGAUUUUAUACGUAAUCUUUUGAUGGGAUUAGGGGGGUGUUGAGUUGUUGCAUUUAGUAAAAGUGAUACCCCGUUGUAAUGAAUUUGAUUUCAUUCAUUACUAAAAGAAAGUAUAUAUUUAUUCCUUGCA